AUGUCGGCCCGGAUGUAGCGUGGCUGUCAUCGUUGGCACUGCUCUGGGCCAACCCUCUUUCCAGCACAAAGCUUCCAUUGGUAAGCACGCCUCGGAGCAAAUUAGAAGCUCAAGAUGGGGCGCCGUCCAGCAAGAUGCUACCGCUACUGCAAGAACAAGCCGUAUCCGAAGUCGCGCUUCUGUCGCGGUGUGCCGGACCCGAAGAUCCGCAUCUUCGAUCUGGGCCGCAAGAAGGCGUGCGUGGAAGACUUCCCGCUCUGCGUCCAUCUCGUGUCGGACGAGUACGAGCAGCUGAGCUCGGAGGCGCUCGAGGCAGGCCGUAUCUGCUGCAACAAAUACCUGGUGAAGUUCUGCGGCAAGGAUCAGUUCCACAUCCGCAUGCGUCUCCAUCCGUUCCACGUGAUUCGCAUCAACAAGAUGUUGUCCUGUGCCGGAGCUGAUCGGCUCCAAACAGGAAUGCGUGGUGCGUUCGGCAAGCCGCAGGGUACGGUCGCGCGCGUCCACAUCGGCCAGCCGAUCAUGUCGGUGCGCUCGAGCGACCGCUUCAAGGCGCAGGUGAUCGAGGCGCUGCGCCGUGCCAAGUUCAAGUUCCCCGGCCGCCAGAAGAUCUUCGUCUCGAAGAAGUGGGGCUUCACCAAGUACGAUCGCGACGUGUACCAGAAGCACAACGACGAGGGCCGACUCGUCCCGGACGGAUGUGGCGUACAGUUCCGCAACGAUCACGGACCGCUGGUCAAGUGGGAGCAGCACCAGCGCAAUCGACUCUCCGCGUAAAAAAAAACCAAGCCGAAGGUGGUGUUGCCAGGGGGGUUAAAUGAAUGAAUGGUGUGUCUCGCCCGGUUCUCGCGUGCUUUUACAUCGCCCGAGCCGGCACAGGAGGAGGUCUCUAUUAAAGUGAACAGAAUGUACCGGAUACAACAGAAUACAUGCUUUUGAUGAUGAUGAUGGGAGAAAGUG